AUGAAUUUUAGUCAGAAAGGUUUGCUUGCCACUGCCACUGGAUCUUUUGUACAGGUAUUGAGAGAUUUAUCGGGAUCUCAGAAUUAUAGCCGCUAUAUGAGCCAUUCCAUUGCUAAAGGGUACCAAAUACAAAAGUUGGCAUUCAGACCCUAUGAAGAUGUUUUGGGCAUUGGGCACUCGAUGGGUUGGUCGUCAAUCUUGAUUCCUGGAUCCGGAGAAGCCAACUUUGACUCUUGGGUGGCGAACCCGUUUGAAACUUCUAAACAGAGGAAGGAGAGGGAGGUGCAUUCUCUUCUUGACAAACUCCCUCCAGAGACGAUCAUGUUGAACCCAACGAAGAUUGGUUCAGUGAAGCCCACAAGAAAGAAAGAAAGACCGGCUAAACAGGAGAUAGAGGCCGAAUUGGAAGGUGCUGUAGAAGCAGCAAAAAAUAUAUUUAUCAAGAAGAAAACUAAAGGUCGGAGUAAGCCCAGCAAGGUUGCAAAGAAGAAGAAAGAAGCAGUAGAGAAAGCUAAGAAGCCUUUCUUGGAACAAGCAGCUAAAGGGGAUGGGUUAUCGAAAAAGAAAAGGAAGAACAUGGAGGAAAAUCUGCCUAGAUCUCUUCAGAGGUUUGCUCUGAAGAGACGAGCUAAUUGA